AUGGCAGAGCACCUGGAGGAUCAGGUUAUUGAAACCAAUUACGAUGAAGUUAUCGAUACUUUCGAUGACAUGAGCUUGAAGCCGGAGCUUCUCCGUGGUAUCUAUGCCUAUGGUUUUGAGCGUCCCUCUGCUAUUCAACAGAGAGCCAUCAUGCCCAUUUUGGGUGAGCGUGAUGUUCUUGCUCAAGCUCAAUCCGGUACUGGUAAGACUGCCACGUUUUCCAUCUCUGUCUUGCAAAAGAUUGACACUAGCUUGAAGCAAUGCCAAGCCCUUAUUCUUGCUCCUACUCGUGAGCUUGCUCAACAAAUUCAAAAGGUUGUUGUUGCCUUGGGUGACUUGAUGAACGUUGAGUGCCAUGCCUGUAUUGGUGGUACCCUUGUUCGUGAUGAUAUGGCCGCUUUGCAAGCUGGUGUUCACGUCGUUGUCGGUACUCCUGGUCGUGUCCACGACAUGAUCCAACGUCGUGCUCUCCCCACUGACGCUGUUCAAAUGUUCGUCCUUGACGAAGCUGAUGAAAUGUUGUCUCGUGGUUUCAAGGAUCAAAUUUAUGACAUCUUCCAACUUUUGCCUCCUAGCGCUCAAGUUGUCUUGCUCUCCGCUACUAUGCCUCAAGACGUUUUGGAAGUCACCACCAAGUUCAUGCGUGACCCCAUUCGUAUUCUUGUCAAGAAGGAUGAGCUUACCUUGGAAGGUAUUAAACAAUUCUACGUCGCAGUUGAGAAGGAAGAGUGGAAGCUCGAUACUCUUUGCGACCUUUAUGAAACUGUCACAGUUACUCAAGCUGUCAUUUUCUGCAACACCCGUAGAAAGGUCGACUGGCUUACUGAGCAACUUACUGAGCGUGACUUCACUGUCUCCUCUAUGCACGGUGAUAUGGACCAAUCUCAACGUGACACUUUGAUGCACGAAUUCCGUACUGGUUCUUCCCGUAUUCUCAUCACCACUGACUUGCUUGCUCGUGGUAUUGAUGUCCAACAAGUUUCUUUGGUCAUUAACUAUGAUCUCCCCGCUAACCGUGAAAACUACAUUCACCGUAUUGGUCGUGGUGGUCGUUUCGGACGUAAGGGUGUUUCUAUUAACUUUGUUACUAGCGAAGAUGUUCGUAUGAUGCGUGAAAUUGAGCAAUUCUACAACACCCACAUUGAAGAGAUGCCCAUGAACAUUGCUGAUUUGAUCUAA